AUGCUAGUCUCAGGGCACGGACGCUCGAAACAAGUUUUCUACCUCAUGGCUUGCCCUUUGGCCACUGUUGUAACAAGAAUUCGGGCCCCAGUGCCCGGUUCAACCUUGGAUCUGCAUUUCUUGAAUGCAAGCCUAGCCACUUCCAAAAAGUAUAAGAUAUCUGGCUCAUGGAGCGCUAUUUUGAUAGUUCGAAGACCCAGUCCUCAUUCAUGGGCACAUUAUCUCCCUGUUCUGGAAUACUGUGAUUUCGUCAUCUGUCCAGCUUUCAAGAUCACUGUUGUACCUCUGUCCACUAUAUCUGACCCUUAUCAAGGUCACUGGGACAUUAGCAACGUAAACGACCAGCCUGGCCCUGGAGCAGUUGCGUUCGCAUGCUUUGCCUGGGAUCAAUUAGAGAAGAAUAGUGAGACGCUUCAGGGCGUGGAUGAUAAGCUUGAUAGUAAACUAAACGCAACUCAAGAGGCGAAUGAAAAGGCAGACCAGGAAGCAAAGCAAGCUUUUCGUGUGGUGUUCUCUAUUCUUACACUAGGAGCGGGGGGCUCGGAACGGCCCUGA